UGUGUGUGUAUGUGUGUGUGUGUGAUAGAGAGAGAUCGAGAGAGUGCUCUACAGAGAGAGGUAGAGAGGACUGCCGUUGAGAUUGGACUCUAUCACGUCUUCAUUAUUAGUCUAAAAUGCUUUAGUACCUGCCAUUCAUCUGUGCUGUCAGUCAAAGAUCAGUCACGCGGGAUAUACGUUAAGUUCAGGUCUAGAAAGCAGUGGUGCAACUGAAGGCCCAAGAUGCCAGAGCAGAGCAACGACUACCGUGUGGUGGUGUUUGGCGCAGGGGGUGUAGGGAAGAGCUCACUUGUGCUCCGUUUUGUGAAAGGCACUUUCCGGGACACCUACAUCCCAACAGUGGAGGACACGUACCGGCAGGUGAUCAGCUGUGACAAGAGCGUCUGCACCCUACAGAUCACAGACACAACUGGCAGCCACCAGUUUCCCGCCAUGCAGCGUCUGUCCAUCUCCAAGGGUCACGCAUUCAUCCUGGUCUACUCCAUCACUAGUAAGCAAUCCCUGGAAGAAUUAAAGCCCAUAUACCAGCAGAUUCUCGCUAUUAAAGGCAACAUAGAGAACAUCCCCAUCAUGCUCGUGGGAAACAAGAGCGAUGAGACUCAACGGGAAGUGAAGACCGAAGAUGGAGAGGCCCAGUCCAAGAUCUGGAAGUGUGCUUUCAUGGAGACCUCAGCUAAGACUAACCACAAUGUCACUGAGCUUUUCCAGGAGCUUCUCAAUUUGGAGAAGAAGAGGAACAUGAGUUUGAACAUCGAUGGCAAGCGUUCUGGGAAGCAAAGCAGGGCUGACAAGCUGAAGGGGAAAUGCAGCAUCAUGUAAAGUGCUUGUUAGAGCCUGAACUGGGAUGUGGUGAGAUAAAGUGAAGAUAUAGAGUGAUAAAAUAACAAAGGAAAGGAACCGAGGAGAGAAAAAUGAGUGAAAAUGGUGUUAUUUGAAAUUUCAUGCUUAUUUCCGAUAACAAGGAUUUUACUAUAACAUCUCAAAUUUCAUCCUUCUCCAUCAGUCUUUGGCCUUAACAAGCACUGACCUGUUCAUAUUGCCUUGUCUGUUUCUAUUACAGAGCAUGGCCACCUUCUCUCACAUCUGAGAAAUACUCAGAUAGCAAUCGAUUCUUAAACAGCCCUUUUUGAGUUCAUGAUGAAAUUUUUUCAUUAAAUAGUUGCUCCUGCAUAGCUAAAGCAGAGUCAGGAUUUAACUUGACUUUAGGCUUAGACUUUGCAUAGUGACAACUAAAAUUUAGUUUUGUUUAUUUAUUCAAACGUUCCUUUCAGGUUGAGGAAGUAGUGUCAGAAUGAGAUUAUAUGACAAUAUAGUCAAACCAUCCUUUAAUACUCUUUGUUACAGGCUCUGUGAAUCCACUUUUAUUUGUUAUCCUCAUAACAUUUUGAUGAUUACUUUUGCAUCUCCUUAGUUAUCUUAAAUAAUGCCAACCAAUAUGUACAACAAUCAUUUUGUUAAACAUUAGCAACAUACAAUAGAAAAUUAUGAUGCUUGAAAAAUUAUUACCUGCAGUUACAUCAAGGCAGAUCAAAAAUCUGAUAAAUCAUAUUUCAUGCAGAUGCACACAUGCUUAUGUAAAACAGCAAGUACUCAUCAUAAUCAUAAUCUCUGGUAUUCAGCUGCCCUACUAAUUUGGAGUGAGCUAGAAUCUUCAUCAUCAUUUUUUAUGUUUUUCAAGAUAAACUGCUUAUAUUUUUAGUAAGUAUAACUGGAACAAUAACAAAUGUAGCCCUCUUAAAGUCAAUCAGUGCAUUUUGACAGCAAAACUAAAUUGAGGCUUUCCUAACACAACCAAAGUCUUCUAACCCUGUUUAUCAGAGACUAAUGUGAACAUUGAUGAACAGAUAUAAUAUGGCUGAUAUAAUAUAAUCUGAAGUUAUGAUCUUUUUAUGAUAACAUUGAAACAUUUUAAAUAUUUUUCUACAAUAAUUUUUAUAUGCAUCACAGUGUCAGACAUUACAGGAAUUUUUAAGUUGAAACAAAUUCAGUUUUUGUGCUCUUAAUCUGCUAAUCAGCCUUUGACAAAAGAAAUCUCUUGUUUCAAAGGGCCUUGAUUGUAUAGCAUUAUAUUUCAUUUAACCAGCUGAUUGGCUUUGUACAUUGAUGUGAUGUUUAUAUGUUUUAAGGGUUGUGCAUGACAGAUCUGAGUAGAUGCAGACAACAUUAUUUAUCCAUGUUGUGCUGGUUUGUUUACUUUACUAUGUAAAAAGCUAGGUUUUGAACAGGGUACACCAGAAAUGAGUAGAAAAAGAAAGCUUUACACAACAGAAAACGAAUACAAAGUAAACAGACAAAAAAGAAUUCAUGUGGUUUAUUUUAUAUAUAUUAUUAUACUAAUCCUGUAUAAGAAGCAACUUAUAUAAGUAUAUCAAACAUUCAAAUUUAGAAUGAUAAAACCAUACAUUUCAUUUUGGCACAGGUAGAAAAAUAGGGUUAUAAAUAUGUAAUAGAGUAUUAUAUCC